ACUUGCAGAUUUGUUGUGGUCGUUGAACUGAAAACAAAUACAUGCUCAAAAUUAUUGUUUUCGUACUUUGUGUUUUAUAACCAAGAAACAUGUCACAUAAAUAGUGUAAUAAUUGUGGGGAAAUCCGUGUCUGUUGACUAUAUUUUUUACUUCUGCGUCAAGAUUAUUUCCCAAAAUAAUUUUUAAAUUGGACGACCAUGGGUGUUCCAGCAUUUUUUCGAUGGCUCAGCAAGAAAUACGUAUCUGUAAUAGUACCGUGCAUCGAGGAGAAGCCCAAAGAAUUGAAUGGUGUUAAAAUCCCGGUCGAUGCCACAAAGGAAAACCCAAAUGGUGUGGAAUUUGACAAUCUGUAUUUGGAUAUGAAUGGCAUCAUUCAUCCAUGCACACAUCCUGAAGACAAGCCAGCACCAAAGAAUGAAGAUGAAAUGAUGGUAGCAAUUUUUGAGUGUAUCGACAGGCUUUUUAGUAUCGUACGCCCAAGGAAACUUCUUUACAUGGCCAUUGACGGAGUGGCUCCCCGUGCGAAAAUGAACCAACAGAGGUCGCGUCGGUUCCGCGCGGCGAAGGAAAGCGUGGAGAAGAUCGACGAGGUGGCGCGCCUGAGGUCGGAGCUGGCGUUGAAGGGCUGCUUCCUGCCGCCUGAGAAGCCCAAGGGAGACCACUUCGACAGCAACUGCAUCACUCCGGGCACACCCUUCAUGGCCCGGCUGUCGGCAUGCCUGCACUACUACGUGCAUGACCGCAUGAACAGCGACCCCGCGUGGAGGGGCAUCAAGGUCAUCCUGUCCGACGCCAACGUUCCCGGAGAAGGGGAGCACAAGAUCAUGGACUUCAUUCGCAGGCAGCGAGCCCAGCCGGACCACGACCCCAACACGCAGCACUGCCUGUGCGGGGCGGACGCCGACCUCAUCAUGCUGGGCCUGGCCACCCACGAGCCCUACUUCACCAUCAUCCGGGAGGAGUUCAAGCCCAACAAGCCCCGCCCCUGCGACAUCUGCGGCCAGAUGGGCCACGAGAUGAAGGACUGCCUCGGGCUGGAGCGGCCGGCGGAGAGCAGCGACCACCCUCCGCCCGACUACGGCACGGAGGGGGAGUUCAUCUUCGUGCGACUCAACAUCCUGCGGGAGUACCUGGAGCGCGAGCUGGACAUGCCCGGCCUGCCCUUCCAGUACGACUUCGAGCGGGCGGUGGACGAUUGGGUGUUCAUGUGCUUCUUCGUGGGCAACGACUUCCUGCCGCACCUGCCCUCCCUCGAGAUCCGCGAGGGGGCCAUCGACCGGCUCGUCACGCUCUACAAGAAGGCCGUCUACAAGACGGGGGGGUUCGUCACGGACAGCGGCCACGUCUACCUGGAGAGAGUGCAGCUCAUACUGGCCGACCUGGGGGAGGUGGAGGACCAGAUCUUCAAGAAGCGACAGCAAGACGAGAUAUCCUUCAGGGCGCGCAUGAAGGCUAAGAACAGAAGGGAGAAGGCAAUAAAGAAUUUCCGACCCAACUGGGUUCCCCAGGGUCAGUACUCGCCUCAGCCACUAGGGCGGAAUGCGAGCCCGGUCCAGAACCCGAGGCAGACGGCGUAUCAGGGCAGAAUGGAGGCCGGCGGACAGAGAGGAGGCCUGGGUUAUGACUCUCAGUCUGGGCCAAGGGGUCAGAAGCGAAAAGCGGAUGAAAUGGAUUCAGACGAGGAAGAAGAGCCUAACGACGAGGUGCGGCUGUGGGAAGAUGGGUUCAAGGAUCGCUACUACGAGUCCAAGUUUGACGUGGACCCCAGCAAUAUAAAGUUCAGGCAUAAGCUCGCACGUGAGUACGUGCGGGGUCUAUGCUGGGUGUUGCAGUAUUACUAUCAGGGUUGCGCCUCAUGGAAGUGGUACUUCCCUUACCAUUAUGCUCCAUUCGCAUCAGAUUUCGUGGACAUUGGAGAUUUGCCAACGACUUUCGAGAAAGGAACCAAGCCGUUCCAGCCGCUGCAGCAGCUGAUGGGGGUGUUCCCGGCCGCCAGCAGCUCCCACGUGCCGGCCCCGUGGGCGACGCUCAUGAGCGACCCGGACUCGCCCAUCAUUGACUUCUACCCGGUGGACUUCAAGAUCGAUCUCAACGGCAAGAAGUUUGCCUGGCAGGGUGUUGCCUUGUUGCCAUUUGUCGACGAGAAUAGGCUGUUCAAAGCCUUGGAGCCGUAUUACGACUGUCUUACUACCGCUGAGAUACGGCGUAACGUCCGUGGUGACGAUAGGCUGUAUGUUACGAAGGAAAACUCAGGUUUUUCGUUCAUCCAAGGCCUCUAUCAGAACGAAGUAGACAGCACGGUUGAAACCAGUAUAAUGAUUGAUGGCAUGAGAGGCACCGUGUUGCUUGCGGAAGACUGCAUCAAGCAAGGGGGUUCUCUUUCAUCACCAGUUAUGGGCCUUCCAAUAAUUUAUGAGAACAGUGUUCGUUGCAUUCGCUUCAGGGAUCCAAAGUAUGAUGACUCCUUCGUAUUUCCAGCUAAGAGACUUGAUGGAGCAGUGAACCCCCCGCGGGUGCUGAAGCCCGGGGACCUGAGUCCGCAGCAGAACAGGAACUGGCGUCCGCAGAUCGGCAUGUCUCCCGCCAACAAGCGAGCGUCUCUAGGAGACGCAGGCCACAGGAUGCUGGGCCACCACCAGCAAGCGGCAGGUGUGGGCCAGUACAGCAACGUGCCGCCCAUGAUGGGCAAUGUGUCUGCACUCAACGGGGCGCUAAUGGUCCAGCAACUGAUGAUGGGCAAUCAGCAGUCUUGGACGGGCGGCCACCGCCAGCAGCAGAGACCGCACUCCUGGCACGGCGGCGGCGGCGGCGGCGGCGGCGGCGGCUACGACUCGGGCCACGACUCCAGAUACACCGCCAGGACCUCGGGCGGGCAGUGGGGGCACCACCAAGGACACCACCAGGGACACCACCAGGGCCACCACCAGGGACACCACCAGGGCCAGCAGCGAGGCUACAGCCAGCAGAGAGGCAGGAACUCGUACAACAGAAGUAGGAGCGGCUACGGUGGGAACUACUGAGACAAGUGCUUUUCAACUGUUGAGAAUUAUUCUCAUUUUGAAAAUUAACAUGUUUUAUUUACUCAGUAGAUACCAAAAUAAUUUCUCUAAUUUUUUUGGAUUUGACAUUUUUUGCAAGUUUAGUAUGAAGUUAACCAGUCUAGUGAUUUAAAGCUUUAUUGGUGAAUAAUUUCUUUAUAGAUUGUGUGUCAUGUAUUUAAAAUAAACCUUGCAGUUUAUGUGUAUUUUAUACUUCAGUAAAAAGCAGUAAAAUGUUUUCUGCAAGUAGCAACAUAUUAAAUUAAUUUUUAAUAAAUGUUAACAUAAACUGCUCAAAAGCUGAACUGUUUGUGUUACGUUCACCAUGAUUAAUGAGUUUAAUAUGACAAAUAGUUUCUUCAUUAUUUUUAAAUUAUCAUUUGUUUUUUGUAUUAUAGAUGAAUAGUAAAAUUAUUGUAUUAUUAAAUUGCUUAGGUAUUUGCAACUUGAGCAAAUAAUUUUAAAGUGUAAAUAUUUAUUCAUUUUUGCUUACAAUAGUCUGGUGAGCAUUUUUUGUGUAUUGGACAUUAUAAAAGAAAGUUUCUAUUUUCUUUUAAGCAUUUAGUUUUUAAAGAAAAUGUUCUUUUUAUGUUUACAUGAUGAACAAUGUUAAAUCAUUUUGGGACAGCUAGACACAAUUUAUAAAUUGCGUUAUUGUGAGUACAAUUUUUGUACGCUAACAAAGAACAAAUUUUGCUACCAUACUCCUUAAAAAAUUAUGAUUACCAUGCCGGACCAUCAAUUUUAAAAAUAAAUUGUCACAGAAUAUUUCUUAUGCAAUACAAUUAUGUUCUGCCUGGACUUGAAUACAUUUACAAAAUGAAAAAAAUUAUUGAGGACACAAAUAGGUAUCAAACUAUUUUUUGUUCUACUUGCAACUAUCACGCAAGUGAUAUAUACUCAGUUGCCAUGUUUAUAAUUCAUGUUCAGAGUAAGGAACAUUUAAUGUGUUUUUGUACGGUGUGUGUAUGGAAUAAACAAAUUACUGUUUUAA